AAUUAUUUCUCAUUUUAGUUUCGUCUUCUUCGUCUUCCAUCAACGUUCCUCUCUCUCUCUCUAAUCGAAUUGAAGUUCUGCGCCAGAGAGGAAGAAAAUGGUUUCUGGAUUAAUCAACGAGAACCCGAUCGUUUACGAGAUUAAAGAGCGUCGUGAUGUUCGUGCUUAUUCCAGCAAUACCGAUGAGCUUUCAGUAGAUGCAAUCGACCAGCUCGAAGUUUUCGAUCAUAUAAGAGAUAUAAAAGAUCCAGAGCAUCCUUAUUCUCUGGAACAGCUCAAAGUCCUUACAGAAGACUCUGUUGAAGUUGAUGAUACCAAGAGUCGUGUUAGGGUUACAUUCACUCCAACGGUGGAACAUUGUAGCAUGGCAACCAUUAUCGGUCUCUGUGUCCGCGUGAAGCUUAUGCGAAGCCUUCCUUCUCGUUACAAGAUAGAUAUAAGGGUAGCACCCGGUACUCAUGCAACUGAGGCUGCAGUCAAUAAACAACUAAACGACAAAGAGCGUGUGGCGGCUGCACUAGAGAAUCCAAACCUUGUGGAGAUGGUCGAUGAAUGUCUAUCUCCAUCAUUUGAAUGAUGCCUUGAUGCUCUCAAGAUACAGUAUCAUAUCUAUGUUUCUGCUUGUCUAGCAAAGGUUUUGAUCAAACUAGGUACUACUUUGUGUGUAGUUUCGUGUUUAGUAAAAGACUCGGAAUAUAUACACAGAACGAGGUAUUUGAUUUGAUCCUUUUCAUCUUAGAAAGGAUUAUUUCAGAUACUCAGCGUCUCUUUGAUUGUUCCAUUUGUUUCUCUGUAAUCACAACUCAACUUGUUGCACGCUUGUUCUUUGACACAUUUGUUCCGUUUGUUGCCAUCUUGUAAUGUUAUAACUCGAAUUUGUCAGAUUCUGAUCAGUUUGGUUAAAUCAAUCCUAUUUAUUGA